GAUGAAGAAGGCAGGAAAAGUUAGUCCCGAAGAAAAUAUGCAGCCGUCCAACCUGACGUCAGAUCUGUUUUUAAUAAAGCUUCCCAGGAGCCGAGGAGAAUCAACUCCCAUCUCCUGUCAACCAAGCUGCUUGCAACGGACUCCGCAAGGGAGUCGAUGUUGUCUUUUUUCAAGGUCUGGGUUCAAUCAAUGUCUUUCAUUCUGGCUUCCAGUGAUGAGGUGGCUUUUGCCCUGGCUUCUAGCAACCAACAGCAUUUUGCAGGCCUUUCCCCAGAAUGCCACCACCACUACCACAUCACCACCUGCCACCUCUUCAGUGACCGAAGCCUACACCCGGGCACAGUACUGUAAGUGGCCAUGCGAAUGUCCAACAACACUACCCCUGUGCCCAUCGGGAGUCAGUCUGCUCACGGAUGGAUGUGAGUGUUGCAAGAUGUGUGCCAAGCAAUUUGGGGAGAUCUGCACCGAGGCUGACAUCUGUGACAUUCACAGGGGCCUGUACUGUGACUACAGCAGAGACACACCUAGGUACGAAAUAGGAGUCUGUGCACAAAUUGUCGGCGUGGGUUGCCUCCUCAAUGGGAUCAGGUACAAGAAUGGGGAAAACUUCCAGCCCAAUUGCAAAUAUAACUGCACCUGCAUCAAUGGGGCUGUGGGUUGCAUCCCACUGUGUACUGACUCCAAACCACCCCUUGUUUGGUGCCCAAACCCAAAGCAGAUUAAGGUCCAGGGUGAAUGCUGUGAACAAUGGGUCUGUGAUCAUUCAAAGAAAACCAGGAAGACAUCCCCACGGCAUAUCUCUUCAGCAGUUUAUGGAGGAGAAAUUGAAGCAUGGCAGAAAAACUGUAUCCUGCAAACAUCUCCCUGGAGCUCUUGUUCCACGACCUGUGGAAUGGGCAUUUCCACAAGGAUCUCUAACGAUAAUGCCCAGUGCCGGUUGAUGAAAGAGAGCCGUCUCUGUAAUCUGCGGCCUUGUGAGGGGGACAUCAUCAAACAUAUUAAGCCUGGAAAGAAAUGCUUAGCAGUGUUCAGGGGAGAAGAGCCAAUGAACUACACACUCUCAGGGUGUGCAAGUAAGGCCAUCUACAGGCCUAAGUACUGUGGCCUCUGUGUGGAUGAUCGUUGUUGCACCCCAUACAAAUCAAAGACCAUCGAAGUGGGCUUCCACUGUCUGGAUGGGACGAGCUUUUCCAGAAAAGUCAUGUGGAUCAAUGCCUGUUUCUGCAACUUGAGCUGCAAGAACCCCAAUGACAUAUUUGCCGACUUAGGUCAAUAUCAUGAUUACUCUGAAAUUGCUAAUUAACUUGACAGGAGUCGCCGUGAGAGGGGAGAAGGAACAAGAGAGAAAACUGCCUGCCGAGACCCACAACUUAUAAUUACUCUGAUUUUACAGAGGGUAAAAAAAAUAAUAAAAGUGAUUGUUUUUGUUGCUAUUGUUAUUGUUUCACCUGGUGCAGGCAAGAAGAAAACUGCCAGCCGGCCUUGUUGGACUAAUGUUAAAAAAAAGUCAUCAUCCUUGCUUAAAGCUGCCUUUGGCUCAAGCUGCAGAUUUUAGAAGUGGUGCAGUCAAAGAAUUGUU